AUGAUGUCGCAGCUGUGGCGGAUCAGUGUGCAGCGGCUGGGGCGCAACCUGUCGGAGGCGUCCGAGCUGGCCAGCGUCUUCCAAGAGGUCGCGCCGGACCUGCAGGUGGACGGCCUGUCCCAGGUGGCCCCCAGCCGGCCCAGCAGCUCCAGCGGCACCGGCACCCCUGUGUCGGGGCGCGAGCGCGUCCACCGCGCACGGCCCAUUGACAUCAGCCCCACGUGCGUGCGGUGGCAGUCGUUGCGUGCCGCCGUGUCCUUUGAGUCCCUCCAGGACCCCGGCCCCCUGGGUGGCCUGCAGGACAGGCCGCAGCUGCUGGAGGUCAACACAGGCGGGUCGGUCUUCUUCCUGAUCUUUGGACCAGACGCGCGCCGCUCGCGCCUAGGCGGCGAAUGCCUCGCUGCCUGCAGCUGCCGCGGCACCGGUGCAGUGGCGGCGGCCUGCACUUGCGGCGGCCCCGGCGGCAGGCCCUCUGAUGGCGGCUGCGAGGAGGGUGUGGCGGUGCUCAAGGUGGCCAGCAGCAGGCUGGCUAUGCAGGCCGAGCAGUUUGCCAACGAGCUCGCGCGACACCUGGGUAUCGCGGCGCCGCUCUGCCGCCUCGUGCGCCAGACAGGCGACGGCGCCGGCGAGUGGACGGCGGCGUGCGAUGCGGCGGACGCUCUUGGGGAGGCAGGCGACGAGCUGAGUGGCGAGCUGGGGCGCAUGCCCUGCUUCCUGCUGAUGGAGUACGUGGCGGGGCGGCCCCUGCUGGAGUGCGGCGACGCCUUCGAGGGCCCUGAUACGCUUCCCCUGCUGGAGGAUGUGGGCCGGCUGCUGCUGCUGGACAUGCUCCUGGGUAAUGCGGACAGGCUGCCGCUGCCGGAGCUGGGCUGGCGUGGCAACAGGUCAAACGUGCUGUUGGGGGCUCAGGGUAGCAAGUACGCUGGCCGCGCUGUCGCCAUAGACUCGUGCGUCGCGCGCCGCCCGCCGGCGCUCAAGUCGUGUGCGGAGGACGCGGCCGUGGAGCGCCUGGCGCAGCUGGUGAUAAUGGCGCCCGACGUGGCGGCCUCGGUGGUGGGCCAGCUGCUGGGGCCAGAGGCGGGCGCGGCGGCAGCGGCAGCCGGCCCGGCUGGGUGCGACGGCGUGGCUGCGUUCCAGAGGGGCUUCCGCGAGACGCUGGCGCGCGUGCUGCGCAUCAGGGGCCUGCUGGAGAUGAUGCAGGCGCACACUGCGGAGUGGAUGGCGGAGUUCUUUGACGACGUGGCGGCCCUGGUGCCGGGCGGUCUCAGGGGGCCUCAGGGCACGCUGUCGCCGCCGCUGGGCGCGCUGGCAGCCGGAAUGCGCACGCCCUCCCACCUGUCGCCGCGGCCGGGGGAUUGCGGCCCCGCCUCGGCACGCAUGUCGCCACGCACCAGCCUCCACAACCGCGACUUUGGCGGCGCUGCGGGCGGGGGUCCCUCCAGCCCCGGGCCGAUGCGCACCAACUCCCUCGUGCGGGGCUCCAGGUCCUUUACCCUGGGCUUCCGUGCGCCCUCAGGCGCCCUGGCGAGCGGCUGCCCCCCCUCACCCGGGUCAAAUGCCAACGGCGAGCCCAGCCCAGGCAGGGCCCCGCCGCCGCCGUCGGUCGAUUCCUCCGCUGCUGGUGCUGCCGCCGCCGUGCGCAUCGCGGCGGCGCGCCUCACGUCCCGCGUGCUGUUCAGCGCGCCUGGGGGCAACAACGCCCAGGGCGGGGUCGAUGGCAGCGACCAGCACGCGCAGCAGCAACCGACGCCGUUGCCGCCGCCGCUGCCGCAACCGCCAUCAGAUCAGCAGCAGCAGCAGCAGCAGCAGCAGCAGCAGCAGCAGCAGCAGCAGCAGCAGCAGCUGGGCCAGCAGCAACACAGGGCGCUGCCGGUGCCCAUCAAUUCAGAGGCUGCUCUCGCGGCUGCAGCCGCACGACGUGCGUCCUGGGAUGAGCCACCGUGGCGCAGCACUUCCAUCGCCAUGUCGCCUCAGCGCUCCCCGCGUGACCCCCUGGAGGUGCGCGCCAGCGGUGGCGCAUCGCUGUCCCAGGCCGUCAGCAGCGCCCUGGCCGGGAUCGCGGCCGAGGCGCGCCACGACGAGGCGCUAGCUGAGAGGGUGGCGCUCUGGAAGGACCGCCUGCGGGAGAGAGGUGCGACCCUGGCUGCCGCCAUCAGUGCGUGGCAGGCGCGCCAGUCCCUGGAGCGCGUCCUCACGACAGGCUUCCUUGACGGCAGCCACCCCCUGGUGGACGCGUACGAGCUGGCGGUCAGGCUGGAGCACAUGCUGCGGAGGCUGGGGGCGCUGCAGGGGGCGGCGACGGCAGAGGCACCCGUGCAGGUGGCCCCCUGGCUGUUCCUGGGGGGAGCUGUGGCCGCGGACAGCCACCACCUGCUGGCCCACAUGGGCAUCACACAUAUCCUCAACGCAACAGAGGAGCUCCUGCUGCCGCCGGCCUCUGCGGGCUUUGACGUGAUGCGCGUGGCCCUGCGCGACACCGACAACGAGGACAUCGGGUUCCACUUCGAGAGGGUGCGCCACUGGGUGGACGGCGCGCUGGCUGGCGGUGGGUGUGUUCUGGUGCACUGCCACGAGGGCAAGAGCCGCAGCGUCACGCUGGUGGCGGCGUACCUCAUGGCGACGCACGGCCUCGACGCGGCGACAGCGCUGGCGCGCAUACGGGCCGUGCGGCCCGGGGCCUGCCCCAACGCGGGCUUCAUGGCGGCGCUGCUGGAGCUGGACGAGGCCCUGCACGGCACACGCAGCCUGGACCCGGGGGACGGGGGGCUCUGCAAGCGGGGCAAGCCCGCGCCACGCGUGUGUCCAAUCUGCAGGGAGCCCGCCGGCGUAUCGAGCGGCAGUCUAGCUGUGCAUAUGAGGGCGCGUCACCGGGAGGUGGCUGCAGCCAGUCUGCUGUCUGGCUGA